AUGGCACGAUGCAAUGUCGGCUUCUUAACGUUAUCGAUUGCCAAAGAUUUUGGUCCACGUCGUAUCCUCGGUAUUGAUAUUGAUGAGCACUUGAUUGGUGUAGCACGAAAAAAUAUACGCCACUAUUGUGACCAAGAUAUCGAGUUUAUUGGAAAAUUUCCUGCAUCGUUUUGCUCAAACUUUGGUCCUAUAGCCAACCAUAGCCUCUCUUUCUCAACAAAAUUCCCAGAUAACGUAUGGUUUCGGAAGGAAAACUAUGUCCUUGAAAAUGACGAACUGUUGGAAACUGUACAAGAAGAGUUCGAUGUUAUCCUUGCCUUAAGCAUAACCAAAUGGAUUCAUCUCAACUUUGGUGAUGAUGGUAUACGUCGAUUUUUCCGUCGCGCUUACAACCAGUUGCUUCCUGGAGGACGAUUUAUCGUGGAGCCUCAGCCUUUUGCAAGUUACAGGAAGAGAUCAAAAAUGACGGAAGUGUUGAAAGCCAAUUAUAGUGCUAUAGAAUUCAAGCCAGAAGACUUUGAAAUGUAUCUUAUUGAGACGGUCGGAUUUGAAAGUGUUGAGCACCUUGGUGCUCCAUGCGCGAAGAGCAAAGGAUUCGAACGCCCAAUUGAUGUCUAUCUGAAGAAGCCACCUCGCUUUAUGGAGGGAGGGGAUAAAGCUGACCGAUGA